AUGAAAAGCGAAAUGAUUACUCCCUUUGUCUUGUCGCCUCUUGAUCAUGUUUUCCCUCCUGUUCUCUAUGUCAUGACGGCGCUAUAUUUCCAAACAGAAGCCCCAUCAAAGGCGAUUGUCGAUCUACAGCGCGGUAUCUCACAUUUGAGGGAAAUCAUACCAUUUUUGGACGGAGAGGUAGCACCGGCAAAUAGCUCCGACAAGCCCAAUGCCAUGGAAGUCCGGAUGGCGCCAAGGAACGAUAUCGCCUCCCUUGUGCCGGUUAAAUAUUACCCCAAGUACUGUCUCCCGGCCAAACCCGGCACUAUGGAACGUGGGAUUGAAAGACAGGGCGUCUGCACUAGUGAUGAACCGGCACGCCGACUAGUGCCAGAGUUCGAUCAGCUGGCGAUCCCUGCCCCCAUCUUUCGGGCACAGAUCAAUAUCCUCGCCGACGGCUUGGUGCUUUGCCUCGUGACUAACCAUAUGGUCAUUGAUGGGAAGGGGAACGACGUUCUCUACAACCUGCUCGCGCAGUGCUGCCGAAGCCCCAGUGAUGCUUCCUUGUGUAGCUCUAUGGCAACCCAGGCGGCGACGCGUCGCUAUUUGCACAAUUUGGGCAGAAAUGGUCCAAUUCCUGGCAUCCCUUCUCAUUCUACCUCGUCGCUUUCUUUGUCAGUACCUCCAAGUGAGGAGAAUGAACAGAAGUUUGACCGGGGAGAGGGUCUGGCUUGCGACGCAUCGCACAGCAGUUAUAAUCUGCUGUUCUCUAAUGCCAAGAUUCAAUUAUUGAAAAGCCGAUGUAAUGCCCGGCUGCCGGAAAUUAUCUCGAGUUUGGCCAAGGAGAAACAUGAAAAAGGAGGAGAAUAUGAAGAGGAAGGAGUAGGAGAGAAACCGAGAUUUGUCUCCUCCAACGACAUCCUGACUGCGCUCUUAUGGAUUUGUAUCACUCGGGUCCAGCAGCAGCAGUCUUCAACUUUGGGAGUAGCAGUCAACUCGCGUAAGAGAUUUCCCGAGGCCCUUCCUGACGACUAUCUGGGCAAUGCGGUCGCCUACGCAGAUUGCACCCUCAUGAUCUCUGAGCUCCAAUGCUUGGAAAAGUGGGAAAAGCAGCAGCGAGAACAAAGUUUGUGUCAGCAGAAUCUGCAGAGUUGCCCUAUCAUUGAGGAGGAAUCAAUCAUCGAGUUACUCUCGCGGGUAGCGUAUAGAAUCCGAUGCAGCAUUAGCAGGAUCAAUGAUGUCUCACUGGGCUGUCUCACAGCGGGUUACUACCAUACACCAGACUGGAGCCGAAUAUUGCUACAACGGUGCGACAUUCUUGUAAGUAGUCUCCGCGACUGGAGCACGUUUGAGCUAGACUUUGGCCCUCAGCUCCAGAAGGUCCUGGGAGUGGAGUUCUUGCCCGCAAGCUCUGCGCCAGGAGAAUGUCUUGUUAGGCCAGCUCGCAAAGACACGAAUGGCGAGGCGGCAUGGGAGGUCAUGGUUACUUUGCAACCUGCAGAGAUGGAGCAGAUGCUCCAGUUUAAACUGCUCCAGUGGCCACUGGAAUAUGAUUCUGAGGUCAACUUCUAUCGCUCUCUGCAGGUCAACAAGGAUUAG